AUGCCAUCUGAAUCAAGUGGUGAACCAUUUGUUAAAGAUACUAGUGAUGGAUAUGAUUUUGAAUUUAAACCAUAUAAAUGGUAUAGAUAUAUAUUCUAUGAUCUUUUAUUAUGGGUAUUUUCAAUUAUUUUUGAUAUAUUCUUUAGAGAAAUCAGAUCAAGAGGGGCAUUUAGAUUACCUAGAUCUGGUCCAGUAAUCUUUGUAGCAGCUCCUCAUCAUAAUCAAUUCGUUGAUGGUGUUCUUUUAAUGGAUCAAGUUAAAAGAGAGUCUAAUAGAAGAAUAUCCUUUUUAAUUGCUGCUGCUUCUUAUAAACAAAAAAUUGUGGGUACUAUGUCAAAAUGUCAAUUAUCAAUUCCUGUAGUUAGAGCUAUGGAUAUGAUGGUUAAAGCUACAGGAAAAUUAUAUUGUGAUUUUGAAAAGGAUCCUUUAACAAUAACUGGUAAAGGUACAAAAUUUUUAAGUGAAUGUACAAUUAAAGGUACAAUUGCUUUACCUCAAGGUUUAGGAGCCAGUGAAAUAUUGGAAGUUGUAUCUGAUACUGAAUUAAAAAUUAGAAAGGAAUUCAAGAAAACUGAUAAGAUUGUUGCUUUAUUAAAAAAUGGUACAUCCUUUAAAAAAGCAGAUAAAAUUGAUCAAAAGAGAGUUUAUAAGACUGUUUUUCAACAUUUAUCUCAUGGUCACUGUAUCGGUAUUUUCCCAGAAGGUGGAUCUCAUGAUAGAACCAAUUUAUUACCAUUAAAAGCUGGGGUUGCUAUUAUGGCUUUAGGUGCUAUGGAUUAUGAUCCUGAUUGUAAUGUGAAGAUUGUACCUUGUGGAAUGAAUUAUUUCAAUGCUCAUAGAUUUAGAUCCAGAGCUGUUAUUGAAUAUGGUCAUCCAAUUGAAAUUCCAAAGGAAUUGGUAAAAAAAUAUGCAAAUCCUGAAACUAAUAGAGAAGCAGUUAAAGAAUUAUUGGAUACUAUUACUACAGGUUUAAAGGCUGUGACUGUAUUAUGUGAAGAUUAUGAAACUCUUAUGGUUAUUCAAGCAGCUAGAAGAUUAUAUGCUCAAAAUUUGGCUCAAUAUUUACCAUUACCUUUAGUAGUUGAAAUGAAUAGAAGAUUGGUUAUGGGUUAUGAACAUUUUAAGGAUGAACCUAAGGUUCAACUUGUAAAAUCUAAGAUUUUGAAAUAUAAUGAAAUGUUAAAGCAAUUAUAUUUACCUGAUCAUCAUGUUGAAGAUUUAGAUGAAUCUAAUAAAUUAAGAGUCUUACCAGUUUUAAUUUAUAGAGUUCUCAAGUUAACAUUCCUUUUUAUCUUAGCAUUACCAGGAGGAGUUUUAUUUUCUCCUGUUUUCGUAUUAUCGAAGCUUAUUUCUCAAAAGAAAGCUAAAUCUGCUUUACUUCAUUCAACCGUUAAAAUCAAAGCUCAUGAUGUCAUUGCAACAUGGAAGAUUUUAAUUAGUAUGUGUUUUGCUCCUCUCUUAUACAGUUUCUAUGCUUCUGUGGGGACUUACUAUGCAUACACUCGAGAUAUUGUUCAUGGCCGAUUAUUCUUUAUUUGGGGUAGUCUUUAUUUGUUAGGUGUAUUGGUAACUUAUUCAGCUUUAGUAACAGGUGAACAAGGUUUAGAUAUAUUAAAAUCAAUUUGGCCAUUGUAUCUUUCUAUUACCAAUGGAUCAUCUUUAAAGGAAUUAAAGAAAUUCAGGAAUGAAAUUAGUGAAGAAAUUACUGAAUUAGUGAAUACUUUUGGUCCAGAAUUAUUCCCUAAGGAUUUCAACUUAUUGGAGAUGAAAGAUCAAUUGAAUAUCACUGGUGAAGUCAAUUAUGUUGAUAGUGACGAAGAAGAGGAUAGAAAGACUGAAGAAUUAAGAAGAAGAAGAAUUCAAAAACGUAAAGAAGCCAAGAAACAAGCCAAGAAAGCUUCAGAAUCUUCGGAAACAGAUUUAUCAUUACAGAAAGAUGAUAAACAUUCUUCAUCAAUGUCGGAUGGUAUUUCUUUAAUGAAUUCGGAUAAUUCCUUAACUAACAUCCCUAUGUUUUCUGAUUAUAAAUUACAUGAAAAUAUUAAAAAUCCUCAUCUUGUAUUAGAACAACAGUCAACUUUUCCAUCAACAACUUCGAUGUAUGAUGAUUACAGGCAUGGAACUAGUGAUUUACAUCGUCAUCCACAUUUACCAGUUGAAACUUCACGGACUCCCUCCAGCGAAAAUGUAAUUGAAUUCAACUUUAACACGAAGCUUGAUCAUAAGACAUUGAGCAACAAGAUUAAAUCGAAAAUGAGAGAAUCGAGAAAUAAAGAUGAUUAG